CCCACAUUUCGAUUAUCAAUCAUUCAAUAUGGCGGCCUUUUAUAGUCGCAACCAAUGUUGACACAGUACACUUUUAGCCGACAUAGAUUGUUUUGCUUUAUCUAACACAUACGAGAUGCCAUAUUAUAAGUAAAAAAUUAUGUCAACAUAUAUCAUGAAGUUAAUAAUACAGCUCAGUAGUUUGGGUCGUACGGCAUGAAGAAGUAUCGGGGUCCAUGCACUUUUCGUCCAGCUAAGCUAGCCUACGCUUUUCAAAAUCCUGUGUUUUGGUUUUGAAUGUUGCAGAUUCUAGUACUGUCUACUCGUGUGCUAAUUGGCUGUUCAAGUAAUUUGUGUAGAUUUUUACCAAUACGUAAAUAAAAAGUAAAUAUUCAUUUAACAUGGCUGAUACUAGGCGACGAGUAAAGCUUUAUAUGUUAAAUGAAGAUCGACAGUGGGAUGACAGAGGUACAGGACAUGUCUCAUCAGCUUAUGUGGAAAGACUGAGAGGAAUGUCCUUACUUGUACGAUCAGAGACAGAUGGAUCUAUUCUACUUGAGUCUAAAAUACAACAAGAUACGGCUUACCAAAAGCAACAGGAAACACUUAUAGUCUGGUCUGAGGCAGACAAUUAUGAUCUUGCACUCAGUUUUCAAGAAAAAGCUGGUUGUGAUGAAAUAUGGGAGAAAAUAUGUCAGGUUCAAGGAAAAGAUCCAAGUGUUGAUAUAACACAGGAUGUUGUUGAGGAGUCUGAAGAUGAAAGAUUUGAUGAUAUGCCAGAUGCUGCUCCACCAAUAGAACUUCCUCCUUGUGAAACGAGUAAACUUGAAGAAAUAGCUGAGCUAUUUUCAUCUGUCUUGCCAUCUCCCAUCCGACGGGAAAAACUUGCAGUGGCAAUAGAAGCUGAGAGUUAUAUUCGCAAACUUGUGGAUUUAUUUCAUAUGUGUGAAGAUUUGGAAAACAUUGAUGGACUUCAUCAUUUGUAUGAAAUUUUCAAAAGUAUAUUCCUACUCAACAAAAAUGCUUUGUUUGAGAUCAUGUUUUCGGAUGAUAUUAUAUUUGACAUUAUUGGUAUCCUGGAGUAUGAUCCAACGUCACCCACACCGACCAAACACAGGGAAUAUUUACGAAACACAGCCAAGUUUAAAGAGGUUGUACCUAUGACCAAUUCAGAACUGGAGACCAAAAUUCACCAAACAUACAGAGUACAGUACAUUCAGGAUGUCAUAUUACCCACACCAUCUGUAUUUGAAGAAAACAUGCUUUCAUCUCUUUCUUCGUUUAUUUUCUUUAACAAAGUGGAAAUAGUCAGUAUGAUUCAGGAUGAUGUCAAAUUUCUAACAACAUUGUUUGCUCAACUGACUGGUGAAGAAACAGAUGACAACCACAGAAGAGAUUUGGUUUUAUUCCUCAAAGAAUUUUGUACAUUUUCUCAAACAUUGCAGCAGCCAAAUAGAGAGUCUUUUUAUAAGACAUUAUCAAAUUUGGGAAUCUUGUCUUCAAUUGAAAUUAUUCUGGGAUUAGAUGAUGAAAAAAUGAAAUUGGCUGCUAUUGACAUCUUUUCAUACAUUGUUGAAUUUAGUCCGUCCAUGGUUCGUGAAUUUAUUCUACAUGAAAGUAUAAGUGUUGAUGAUGAGGAUCUUUUAAUCAACUUAGUCAUUGAGCAGAUGAUCAAUGACACAGAUCCAGAAUUAGGAGGAGCAGUGCAGUUAAUAGGAAUCUUGCGUCUUCUUCUGGAUCCAGAAAACAUGCUGGCUACAGCUAGUAAAACUGAAAAAUCUGAGUUCUUAAGUUUUUUCUACAAACACAGUAUGCAUGUGCUAACAGCACCUUUAUUUGCAAACACAGCAGAUAAUAAACCAAGCAGGGAUGACUACCAAAGUGCACAGCUUUUGGGACUUAUUUUGGAAUUGCUUACAUUCUGUGUGGAGCACCAUACUUACCACAUAAAAAACUACAUUAUUACAAAAGAUGUUUUGCGAAGAGUGCUAGUGCUAUUAAAAUCCAGGCACUCUUUCCUUGUUCUAUGUGCCUUAAGAUUUUGUCGGAAGAUAAUAGGAUUGAAAGAAGAAUUUUACAAUAGAUACAUCAUAAAAGAAAAUCUAUUUAGACCAAUAGUGGAUGCUUUUCUUGCAAAUGGGGAUCGUUAUAAUCUGAUAAAUUCGGCUAUGAUUGAGCUUUUUGAAUUUAUCAAAGUUGAGGACAUCAAGUCAUUAAGCACAUACAUUGUAGAGACUUUCCAGAAAGAUUUAGAAGGAAUUAAAUAUGUCAAAACUUUUGAAACAUUAAAGAUUCGAUAUGACCAACAAAGGGACAGAAGUCGAGAUAAACAUUCGUUUGAAAGCUCACUUAAAAAAGUUUCACCAAUUAAACUGAAAAAAACCUCAGGGAAGAGAAAGUGGUCAGAUUUUCAGGUGUUGCCAGAAAUAGAAGACGCUGAUGAAGAAAAUAGUGAUCGUCAUGCAGCCUCAAUAGUACGCAAUAAUAGAUUCCGAAGAGAUGCUAGAGCACCAGAUGAAGAUGAAGAGAUGUGGUUUAGCCAAGAUGAUGAGAAUGAGGAAAAUGAUAGCACACCUCAGGUUUCAGAACUUCUUAAGAACAAAAUAGACUCCGACCUAGAGCAUAUACAUAAACUUUGGGAGAAUAAGAAAACCAAAGACAACCAACUUGAUGUAGAAACACCUCCUAGGCUGCUAAGUGGUACAAAGUCAGCUAUAAACAUCAGUAUCAAGACAGGCAGCAACUCCUCCCUUUCUUCUUUAUUAAGUAUGCCAGAUAGUCCAGGCUCACCAGGAGGGUCACCGCCUGCACCAAACUCACCUGAGUCACCAUGUAGCCCUCCCACGUCGCCUCAUUCACCAGGUCGGCUUUGUCCGACGCCUCAUGUAUCUCCUGUCAGUGUGCAUGCCAGUAAAGGAUCUACUGGGUCCAACGCUGGUUCCUUGACUGCUAUAACCACUACUAGCACUACCACCACAGCAUCCAGAAUCACAGAUAGUCCGCCUUCUAAUAAUGUAGUCACAACAAAAGCACCUGGUCUUAAAGGUUUGGUUGAUUACCCAGAUGAGGAUUCAGAGGAAGAGGAGGAGGAUGAAGAAGAGGAUGUGAUAGCACCAUCUCCGAAACGACCCAGAGUGGGAACAUAACAUUUAUACAAACAUUUUUCAUUAGUGUGGUCCUUAACUGUUUUGUUAAUGAAACAAAGUUUUUUUUUUUGGUCUAUGUUACUUCCAUCUGAACUUUACGACAACCAUCAAAAAAAAAAGUGCAUGAAACAGUGCUGUCAAAAUUGUUUCAUCCAGAAAUGCAGUGUGUUCCUUUUUUUUUUUUAAGUUGGUUUUUCACAGAUAUCUCAUUUCUGUGUUCAUUUAACUUUGCUCUGUGUGUAGAAUCAUUCGCGUUUGAUUGAAAUAUCUGCUUACUUGAAGUUAAUGUGAAUGAAAAGCUAAACCCUAACUACAAAGAUCAAAACGAAACUUAAAAUUCUGUUUGCAAACCAACUUAUUUAGUGAAUGUACAAACAAGAGGUUCAUACCUGUCUCCAAAUACAAACACACCCAAUUGUAAUUUAAAGUUGGUUAAUAUUUUUGGCAGGUUUUGAAAAAACAAUUCAUUUUGAACUUUGACAUUUUAUUUAGAUACACUUUGUAUUGUUGUUCUAAGUUUUUGAGUCAUAUACUGCUCAAAUGUAUUUUAAAAAAUCAUUUUUAACUUUGCUGAUAGAAUUCAAUCAUUGACAAGUUAUUUUCUUUGUCUGCUUCACAUGUCACAGUCCUGUUUUGUUCAGUUUUAUCAUGCGUUGUAUUUGUUUCAAAGUUCAGCUCUCUCCAAAAACUGAGGUUGUUUUUUUUUUAAAUUCCUAAACUAUGUUCCUUAAACUAAGUCUCAGUAAAUAGUCAACAAUUGUAUUAUUUAGUUUUAGUGAUUAGGUGAAAUACUCAAUUGAGUAUGAAUAAGAAAGUUCAAAGCCUAUUCUCACACUUGACUUGUACUUCAUAAUGAAUGUUCACAUUGAAUUUAUUAGUGCUGUGCAGUGUUUUUUUUUUUUUUUUUGUUUUUUUUUUAUAGUUGUAAAAAUGAACUUAAUUUAUUUUUAAUGUUAUUGUUUAUGGGAUGAUCAUCUCCAUUGCGUUAUUCUUGUUACUGUGAAAGGAGAUGUGAAUGUCCAGGGGAGAAGGACUUUUUUCUUUACAUUGCAUUAGGAAACAGGUGUAAACCUGCAGUUUGUGCUCAAAUUCAUCUCUGAUAUGAGGAGCUCUUCCCAUCCAAAGCCAAAGUUUUUUUUAUACUAGAACAGAAAAAAUAGUUGAUGCUAGUUUUUGUUAGCUUGUUGACAAGGUGAUUUGACAUUGAGUUAGUUAACUAGUAAACACAAUGGAACAUUCUAUGAAAGAUAUUGUAUUCAUUUAUUUAUUGUACAGUGGCAACAGUUUCUAUGAAGAAAAAAAAAAAGAAUUCCAUAGUCUGCAAAAGAAAAAUUAUUUUAAAAAUUGGCAGUGUUAUUAAUUUAUAUAUAAUUGCUGUAUUUUUUUUUAAUAAACACCUAAUAUGUAUUGGAUUCAGUUAUAUAGUAAUGAUUCACAUGUUAGACGUUUCUAUUCAUCCUAUGAACUUAAGCAAUGUGUAUCUAAAAUUAUGCUGUCAGUUGAUUGUGAUCUUUCUCCCUUCCCCUCCCAAUCCCCACUACCUCCUUUGGCCAAGUCUUGUUGGACUGAAAUUGUAUAAAGAACUCCUGACCUGCUGGUUAUGCUCAGCCAUGGAAAAAAAAAAGUGUAAGGGUAUCUUGUUAUGCAAAUAACACAAUGCAGUGUAUAUCAGCAUUGUGUUUGUGAGUGUGUUUUAAUACUCUAUUUGCACAUCCAACACAAGACAGUUAUUGUUUCUUUUUGCUGACAUUUGAUGUUUGUUUUGGUUUCUUUUUAGUGGUAGUUACUCUCUGUAAGAUUUCUCAAACAGGAAGAGCAAACUGUGUUUUAAACUAGUGACAUGAGGUUUUGUUUGUUUUGACCUGACACAUUCACAGAGCUAAAUAAAGUACACAAGACUGCUGGAGUUCAAUCAAUAGCUUCCCAAUCCAAGCCCAACAAUACAUUUGUUUUCAUCCUUUUAUCACUAAGCAUUACAUGUUUUAAGUGUUUUGUCAGGCUGGUUUCAACCAUGCUCAUGUGACUUCAAACCACCUUUCAAAGGAGUAGGACUUGUGAUAUGAGCCAAUGUUUGUACUUUGACUUCUUCUGUCCAGAAACAUGUACAUCAGUUUUGUUUUCUAGUUGACUAAACAAUGAUUGCUUGUCUUGUGUAAUUAAGAUAGGAACAUUCUGUGACAAUUGUAGUGCAUAUUCGUUUUUGUUUUAAUGUAUUUUUGUAGUCUGUUAAAAAAAGAUGUUAGCAAAAGACUAUUGAACAUUACUGAUGAUUGAAGCAGCCAUAUUUCUCAGAUUGACCCAUUGAAUGGCUUGGUCAUUAGAUAAAAAGAUCUCAUUUUGACUUGCAUUUCAAGAGAGCAUACCAUAGGAAAAUGUAAAUAUGAAAAUAUUUCUAGAUUGUUACUUUUAAUAAAAGUGAAAAAGCAUUAAACGAAUCAGAGUUGCAGUGUUAAUGGUCUUAGUAACAGAUGUGUGAGUGUGUGUGUGUUUGUGCUGGAAUGAGCUGUUACUUGUAGAUUUGUAUCAUAAAUAGACAAUCCUUGUUCCAUGCAGAGUAGGUUGUCAGAAGUCUGAUUGUAUUACUAGAGUCAAGGUUGGUGGAUGUCUGAUGAAGCAGCCUAUGUGCUACAUGUGUUUGAGUUCUAUUUUACUUGGAAGUUGAGGGUAUACACAAAAACAACUCAUGUUACUAUGUUAGAUAAAAGAGAUGUAAGAAUGAUGAGUACAUGACUUGUCUUAUUUAAAACAUGUUAUUUGUUUGUUUUUUAUCAUACAAACAGCCAUUGAAAUUCUGUUCUAUCAUUCUUUAUAUGAACAGUGGAAUGAACUUGUGUUUUUGACAAAUUUUAAACUAUCCAACGUGUAUGAAAUUGUGCAAGUCAGUUGUGUAUAAAGAUCUGUUGUAAUAAAUGGUCUCUUUAUCA